CUUUUUAAUUCUCCUCUGCUGCUGUUUUGUGUCCUGCAGCUCCGCGUGUAGAGCCUUCUAGAUACACUUAUUGUUUUUAAAAUGAGCAUUCCUGUAGUGGACUUUGGUGCAUACAGCCUGAGUGAGGGAGAUGUUACCGACGAGCAGCUGCACAAGUUGAGCAAAGAGCUGAGGACAGCCUUCACGGAAGUGGGCUUCGUUUUUCUGCAGAACACCGGGAUCACUCAGGAGGAGGUGGACCGUGUCAUGGGUGUAUCCAAGGAAUUCUUCCUGCAGCCGGAUGAGCUGAAGCAGCCCUUCAGCAGGAGAAGCUUCGCCAACAACCUGAACCACGGCUGGGUGUCUCUGGAGACUGAGAGGUUGAACCCACGUCGACCUGGAGAUCUUAAGGAGGCAUUCAAUACGGCUUCACUUCACCCUGACAUAAAGUGGCCGUCAUCAGAUGCUGUACCAGGGUUCCAGGGGAUCCAGACGUGUUUCUUCCAGCGCUGUAAAGAGCUGAGUCUGCGGGUGCUGAGGGUGAUGGCCCACAGUCUGGGUCUGGACCCAGAGGUGUUCCUGAGUACACACCAGUUAAUAGGAACUGAUGAGAAUGGCACCACGCUGCGGUCUCUGUACUACCCACCGGUGAACAGUGAGAAAGCCAAGGAGGGUCAGCUGCGAUGUGGGGAGCAUUCAGACUACGGCAGCAUCACGCUGCUGUUCCAGAGCUCUGAGGGUCUGCAGGUCCGCAGACGUUCAGGUGAGUUCAUCUGUGCUCCCAGCAUCCCCGGAGCCGUCCUCAUCAACAUCGCCGACCUGAUGCAGCGCUGGACCAGCGAUCACUUUGUCUCUGUGCUCCACAGGGUUUUGCUGCCCCCUGCUGGAGACUCCAACACACGUCAGUCUAUGGCUUUCUUCGUCCAGCCUGAUGAUGCGGCAUUGAUCACCUGCUGCGACGGCUCCAACAAGUACCCUCCCGUGACAGCAGGUGACUACCUCAUUGAGCGUUUCAAUGACUCGUAUGGACGAAGCUGAAUUUCUAACCAUGAAUUGUGAUCACACAAGAUCACAGGAGUUACUCUUGUCAAAACACUGAAUAUUUUACUUUGGAUCCCAUGAUGUUUUUACAUUUCUAAUUAUUUGAAUGUGAUUGUGUGUGUUGAUGUGUGUGUGACAAAAAGAAGCAAGCCUCAAAACUGCAAGCUCAUUCACUUUAUUGUCCACAUUCAAACCUCGUACAACAGUUUCAUAAAUUAGUUAGACAGGAUUUAACUGCUUUUAUGAAACGGCCAUAGAAAAAUAAAUAAAAAUACACCUGUAGCAGGUAAACUGGGGUGAACAGAUUGAUGUGGCAUAAAAAUAUCUUCCUCAUAAGAUCUGUCUUUGUGUCCUUAUUCUCUUAUCUGUUGCAUUAUUCUAAGAUUAAAACAGAGAUCAGUUUUUGACCAUGUGUCUCUUGAUUUUAAUUCAGUUUCAUCGACUGGUGUUACUGAAUAAAUAAAUAAUUCUAUUAUGAGAAAUGACAGAUUCAGACUAUCUCUCUCUCUCUCACUUACACACACUCUCACACACACACACAUAAAUAUAUGUAACUUCAUCUGUAAGCUAAAUAUAUUCUUCGACCGUCAUCAACUAGAAAAUCCAACUGAGGGAAUAAGCAUUUUAUGUAGGUGUAAAUUUUAAAUUUACAUUUUCUUUAGCCUUGUGUGCAUUAAAGAGUUUCAUUGCAAAUGAUCUAAACCACUGGAAAAACUUCCAAGAAAAUGAUGGCUGAUUUUGAAGAGAACUGUCCUCUUAAAAAAACGUAUAAAAACAGUUAAGAGGACAAAAUCAUUUGAAAUAUUGACCAAUAGCAAACUUCUUUAAACCUAAAGAGAGAUACAGAAUCACAGUUUCAUUUUAACGUGGUGAAAAGAGUUCAAGUCUUAUUUAUAAAAAAAAAAAAAAAA